AGAAGCAGCCUCUGAAACAUGCAACAUGACUUUGUCUGUUUUUAUGACUUUCACUACAGCUCUGCUCUGCUUUUUCUCUGUCUGCAGCAGGCCAAUUGGCAUCCAUCUGAGAAACAUGGACAGUUUUAUUCGUGCUGUGCAACAGCUUGAAGACUCAAAUCCUGACCUGUCGCCACUGGCUCUGCUCAGAGCUCUGCGGAGGACUGCUGGCCACGAUGAUGCAAUGACUAUCCAUUUCCUGGGUUCUUCAAAUAACCUCAGUGACACUGAGGGCCUAGAGGCAGCCAUACUUAAUGCCUCAUCUUUCAGUUUCUUUGACAAAGCCAUCCACCACAUAGUAACAGACAACGGUGAGGAACGAGGUGUGGUCCUUGCCCAAGAUGGCACCACAGUCGCCCUUGGGCCCUUACUGCUAGGGAUUGAAGCAGGACUGAAAGCCAGGGUGGAGGGAAAGCCCUCUGAUGGGAUCUUCUCUCUAACCUUGGGCAGGACACUUGGUCUGUCCUUCCUCAGCCUGCAGGACCUCCCACCAUCUAAUCGCCUGGGGCCAAAUGGCUGCUGGGACAGUGUGCAUCGCCCUAAAAUGUUCAAGCUGUCUCAGCCCGCCACUCUGGCCACUGAUGCUAUGAUUAAUGGUGGUAUGGACGGAGCCAUACUUGGUGUAGACAUCAGUGACCUCAAUAGUUCCGAAGAGCCAAAGAGCCUAAGUAAAAUUUUGAAAGACUACUACAGUUUUAUCUUGCAGGAAGAGCAUGAUCUGGACACUCUGACCAGGCAUGUAAGCCAAAAGCGAAGAGAGAGCUCUAGAGCACUGCUAGAGUCACGUGAUCUUCAUGGCGAGGUGAUGAAGACGCUGGCAUUGGUGUGGAAGCUGGAGAUGACUGAAUGGAUUGCUUUCGACAAUGAAAUAGGGAAAUCAGUGGAGGAUGGACUGCAUGAAUUUGUGCACAACUACUGGGACUGCCCUCCCAUCAUCCCUCGCUGUCAGUGGGGUGCAAAAGCUCACGAGAGUACACCCACCCCGCUGUCUCUGCCACUGCAGUUUCUGUAUGUCCACCACACCUACGAACCGUCCGCACCCUGUUUAUCCUUCACCCAGUGCUCUCGUGACAUGAAGGCCAUGCAGCGUUUCCACCAGGAGGACCGUGGCUGGGGAGACAUAGGAUACAGUUUUGUGGUGGGCUCCGAUGGCUACGUCUAUGAGGGCAGGGGAUGGAAACACCUCGGCAGACACACCAGGGGGCACAAUCACCUCGGCUAUGGGGUGUCGAUCAUCGGUAACUACACUACAAGGCUUCCGUCACGUCAUGCAGUGGACUUGUUGCGACAUCGUCUGGUCAAAUGUGCCAUUGACGGAGGACGACUUAGGACAAAUUUCACCAUCCAUGGCCACAGGCAGGUGGUGAACACCCUCUGCCCUGGAGAUGCCUUCUUUUCAGAAAUACGAAGCUGGGAACACUUUAAGGAUUGACCGUUAAUGAAAUAAAAUAAAUAACGUACAUUUGCUGUAAACCUGAUACGAAUGCACAUUGCUACGUUCAAACUAUAGUAAAAAUGUUUGUUUUUUUAACAAA